UAAUCUCUUCCGCGACUACCACUUCACAACUGGUCCUCCUAACUCCUUAUCACACACACACACCCACACACAACCACUUUCUUCCUCCAUCGGUUCAUCCGCCGAAAACAUCGACACUUUAUAACUCCAACAAACCCAGCCCCAAAAACCACAAUGUUAUCCAUCGACGACUCCGACGAAGACCCCUCUUCCUUCUGGGGCAAAAUGCAACGCGGCCGCGUCAAACCCUUCGCCGCCCAAUUCUACUCCCCCGAUUACAUCGAAGACUACCCCUGGGACACCUUUGACCCUUCUUAUGCCAAUAAGCUCGACCUGUCCUUCGCCGCCCUGCCGCCCGCCGAACAAUUCCUCCGUUUACCCAAGGGCAUCGUCGAAAACACGUGUAAUCACCUCUCGCAGUGCGACCUGGAGAAAAUGCUUACUUGGUUGGGGGACCACGGUAAAGCACAGGAUUGGGAGUACCUGAAGAAGGUGUGGGAUACACAGAGUAGAGCGUGGGGGAUUGCGAAGAUGUUUAAUCGUACGUUGGAAAGGAGGAGGGAGAAAUUGAUGAAGGAAUUAGGGGAGGAGGAGGUGAAGAGGUUGAGGGGGGUGGAGAAGGAGGAGAGGAGAGUGAGGCGGGUGGAGAGGAGGAGGAGGGAGGAGGGAAAGAAGUGGGUGGAAGAGAAGAAGAGGAAAGAUCGGGAGGAGGAGGAGGAGGAGAAAAAGAGGGAGGAGAAAAGGAGGAGGAUGGACGAAGAGCAGGGGGAGGGGGAGGUGGUGGAGCUUGGGGCGGUUCCGAAGGUUGAGGCUCUUGCUCCGCGGGUGUCGAGAAGUAUUGAGGAAUACAGGGAGGAUGAGCAAAGGGAGCUUAUUGGAAGUUUGAACGAAGGUUUCGAGGCUGUCAAGACGCGUAUCGUGAAGUUUGAGUCGAUGCAGGAGGUGGGCAACCAUAACAAAACCUACUUAACGGACUUCAUGAAGGACGUUGGCGAGCGGGUUGAAGGGUCCAUCCAUAAGGCCACGAGACGACUGAAGGCACAUAUUUCGUUUCCUAGGGUGGCUGAUUGGACGGUAGAGGAGGCGGCGGUCAGGGGAGUCAUCGGCGUGCUCGAGUAUGUUUAUUUGCCCGUGGAGCUCAAGGUUGCUACAGAGUCGGGGGAGGAGCAGCUGAAGGUUAUGGAAGCACCAGACGAGCUGAGGGCGUAUGGUGCCAAAAAGAAGCUGGGGGACUUGCUCUUCAAGUUUUUCUUUGAGACGAGGGUUGAUAAAGCGGAGCUGGUUCGAUGGGUGAAGUGGGAGAAGGACCUACAUCGCAAGUUGGGCAUGUUGCUCGAGAAGAUGACACAGGCUGGGAUGGAUAGGACCAGGAUGCAGAAGGUCGCUAGGCCGUUUGGGAUUAAGCUGUAGAGUUCCUGAAGAUGCGGAAGAGCAGUGUUAGCACUGGGAGGUCGUUACCCACCUAAGUUUUCUUUCUGGAGGAUAUUCAAGGUGUGUUUGGCAGUCUACCUCUUCCUUUCAGCAUACAACCAUCGAUCGAUUGCUCUCACAUUGAUUUGCUUCGUCUUGAGAGGCAUUUCUGGU